GCAACCGCGAAGGCGCUUGGUCUAGGAAAAUAUUGCCCACAGCAGACUACUUGGCACUUAAGACGGCUGGCGACAGGAGCUGCGGUAACCUUUUUCCAGAAUCUACUCUUCAGCUUUCUUGCAGACAACCAAAUCUUACAGAAGUGGAGACUUAGUACCUGUGCAUUUUUGCUUCAUAAAGCAAGACCACAGUUAAUUUGAAUAUUUGGAUCAACUUGGAGGAGAAACACAAGGAAAACCCGAAUCUUUGCCUAAAUGGCUGCGGCCUGAUCUGAACCUUGUUAUUCCAACCGUCCUGCCAGUUGUGAGCCUUGUUGGAAUCUUCUUUAACAAGAGAAAAAUUCUCAAAGUGAAAGUUACCACACUUGAAAUCCUGAUUUGAACACCAGCUUAAACAAUAUUUGAAGGGUUAUUACCGUCUUGUGGAGCUGUACAACCAAGAGUCUCUCGGAUACUUCGGUGCGACAGCAUGGCAAAGAAAAACAGCCAAAAGGAUACGUCUGGGGUGGUGUUUGACACUCGCUCAAAAAUGGUCAUGUCCCAGGGAGGAACAGCCGAGAGGAUGAAGGAGAAGAUCAGUGCUGUCAGAGCAGUUGUCCCCAACAAAAGUAACAAUGAGAUUGUGCUGGUGUUACAACAUUUUGAGAACUGUGUUGACAAGGCCGUUCAAGCUUUCUUAGAAGGGAGUGCAGUUGAGAUCCUGAAGGAGUGGAAUGUCACUGGUAAAAAGAAGCCCAAGAAGAAAAAGAAGCCCAAGCCUCAGCCAGAGGUCUCAGCAGAACCUGCUCCGCCUGAGGCCACGUUGCCCGAGGAGGCCAAGGAUGAGAUGAACGGCUUUCAUGCCAACGGAUCAGUAAUGGAUGGAGAGUCACUUGAUUCUCUGAGUGAACAGUUGGACUCUGCCUCCCUGGAUGCAGCAGAGCUGGACUCUGAACCUGCUACAUCCGAAGCUACCGUCGCAGAAGCAGAAAGUCAAGGUAGUGCUCCAAGUCCUGCCUUACAACAAGGAGGGAGGAAUCACCAGGGUCCCAGAGGGAACAAGACCCGACACAGGCCGGGCUCAAAUUCACAUCCACCAACUUCCUCAUUAGCGCCCACCACUGAUGAUCAAGUAUCGUCAGGAGUCAAGAAGAUAGCUUCCAACAUUGACCGCUCCGUGAAGGACCUGCAGAGAUGCACCGCCUCGCUGACUCGAUACAGGAUGGUGGUCAAGGAGGAGAUGGAUUCCUCAAUCAAGAGGAUGAAGCAGACGUUUUCUGAGCUCCAGAGCUGUUUAAUGGACAGAGAAGUGACUCUACUGGGAGAAAUGGACAAAGUCAAAGCAGAGGCCAUGUUGAUUUUGGACGCCCGGCAGAAAAGAGCGGAGGAGCUCAGACGGCUGACAGACCAGUCGGCGUCCAUGUCUGAGGAGCAGUUGACUGAACUGCGGGCAGAAAUUAAGCACUUUGUGAGCGAGCGUAAAUAUGAUGAGGACCUUGGGAAAGCCGUAAGAUUUACAUUUGAUCUUGAACCACUGAAGACAAGCAUCUCAGGGUUUGGAUCAGUUUACCAUCCGCGUACAGGCUACUCAAAUCGGUCUCGUUGUAGCUCCACGUCCUCUUCUGUUGCCAGCCCAAGCCUACAGGAAACUCCUCCUCCUCCUCCUCCUCCUCCUUCCACGCAAACCCAAAGCACCCCAAGUGAAAGCCGGCCCCCACCAAACAAACAGAUUUUCCAAGGCAACAGGCGUACUUUCCAAGGACAAGGGUAUCACUCAGGUGGUCAGCGGUAUAACGGCGGUUCCUACCACGACAGGAAUGCUGGUCGCGCUAACCAUCGCUACCAGGGCGACGGUGGCUCUUCUGGUCCUACUUCACAGCACUCUAACAACUCAAGAGGUCCCUCGCGCUCCUCCACGUCCUCCUACAACCAAGACCGACCCUCUCAUAACGGGCUGCCCCAAAGGCCUCCGCGGAUGCAUUGCCCUUGACAUAGGAAAUCCUGUGCUCAAUCAAACCCAUCUACUAACCCCUGCACUCCCCUCCCCGCCUCCCUGCCUCACCUCCUCCCCACCUCCCCACCCCUCCUACUAACUCCUUUCAAUGAAGAAUAGAAUACCAGUUUACAUAUUUCUAUCAGUUGAGCUGUAGUGCCACCUGUCUACGUCCAUUCAUCCCUCAAACCUGACAAGCUCUCAGUGUUCUCUAGUCGCUUUCCCUCUUGUUUCACUCGUAUCCUGGUUGAGGUAACAUCUUCUAUCUUUAGUCUCCCCCCCCAAGAGAUCUUAUUGCCAUGCUAUUGUCAGUCUCUAUUAUUCAUGUCUGCAGUUAGGCGGUCUGCUGCAUACUGACAGAAUUAUCUGCAACAGUUUGCGCACCAUCGAAGAUGAAGUCUUAGUGCUAUUUCUGUUUUUGCUGUGGCUUUUGUCAGCUCUCUGAUUUGCACCUCAGAUCUUUUUUUUUUGUCUCCCAGAACCAUUUCAAUGCCUUCACCGUGAAAAGCGUAGUGAAAGUGCAAAAGUAGUUUUUAGUAUUAACAUGGAGUUUAGUCAUCAGGAGAGAAGACUUGCAAUCAACACUACGUACUAUCAUUAAUCUUUGCAAGGUCAAAAAUGAAAUGGAACAUAUCAAACUGUAAUCCAGACCUUUUUGUAUGGCUGCUACACACAGUAGGGAACUUGUUAACGCUAGGAUUUCGAUGUUAUUGAGCGUAACUCUGUGAGGUUGUCCUCUGAAGACAAUAGUUUGACAUUUGAGAAUUGGCUCGGUCCCUUUCUUGUCGCAAGUUAGCUGAGACAGUCAAUACCACUUUCAUGUCUGUACAUUAAAUAUGAAGCUAUCCCCUGUCGCCAGUUAGCUUAGAUAGGAAUCAGGUGGAAAUGGCUUUGUUACUUAUCCCAGUUUAAGAAAAUCUGCCUUCUCGAUUGUUUGUAUAUUUCAUGGAAAAAAAAAAAGAAAAAAAAAAAAAGAGAGAAA